AUGUUUUAUAACUAUUUUAUUAAUUCACCAAAAUUCUGUUAUAAUCAGAUAUAUUAUAAAAGAAGUAUAAAUAAUAAAAAAUUAUUUUUAAAAAAUAAGAAAAAUCUUCUGGAGUAUAUAAAGGAAAAUGAUACCAUAAGGAAUCUUAAUACUAAUCAUCAACAAAAAAAUAAAGAACUUAACGGAAUAUCUUUUGUCCUUCGUAAGUUCAGUCGUAUUUUAAAACAAAAGAAUAAUUUCCUUAAAAGAAUAAAUAUAAAUUCUUUCAAGAAUAUCUUUAUUUAUAAUAAUUUAAAAAGAAGAAAAAAAAUAUUUUUAUUUAAAGUAUAUAAAAAACCUCAAAAGUAUUUUAAUUUUUCCAAAAAUUAUUUCAUAAAUGAAAAAAACAAACUAAUAUACAAAAAACUAUAUAGAUGCGGAAAUUAUUUAAAUGUGAACAAUAAAAACAAUAAUGUUUUAAAAGAAAAUCAUUCUAAUGAAAAAUUUUCAAAAGAAAACAACACACUUAACACAACUAAAAAUUACUUAAAUGAAAAUGACAAGAACAGUAAAAAUACUGAAGAUGUUUAUGCUACUUCAGAUGACAUGAAUAGUAUUUUUAAUGAAAAUAUUUUAGUAGAAAACAAUAAAAAUUUCCAAAAUAAUGAUUUAAAUGAAAAAUUAAAUAAUAAUAUCAUUAAUUCAUGUAUGUCUAAAAGCAAUGGAGAAUAUGAUCCUAAUAAAUUUUUAAAUAUGCUAUAUUUUUUAAUUGAAAAAAAAACAGAUAUAAAUGAGUAUAUAGAAGAAGAAAUGAAUAGAAUAAUGGCAUAUUUUAUAAAAGAAUGUAAAGAUAUUAAAAUGAUAUUUUUAUUAUUGCAUACAAUGAAUAAAUUAGUAUGUAUAAAUAAUUUAAUUAAGAUGCUACAUACUAAUAUAUAUAAACUUGAAGAUUCUGAAUUGUUAUCAAUAAUACUACGUAUUUUAAUUAAUUCAAAUCACCAAAAUAAAAAUCUGUUAUUUUUUAUCUUAAACAAAUUAAAAGAAAACAUAAACUUAAGUACUUGUUCAACAUUAACAAUAAGUAAUGCAUUUUAUAGUUACUCAACAAUGUAUAAAAGAAAUUUAAUUAACUUAGAAGAAAUUCCUUUACAACAAUUAAUUCAAAUAAUUUCUAAUUACUACAGCUCAUUUUCCUACAUUCAACUUCUUGAAAUUCUUGAUGUUUUUCAAAAUUUUAAAUUUUCUAAAAAAAAUUCAGAUAAAACUUUAUACAAAGGUGUAGCAAAUUUAUUUUUUAAUAUAGGUAAUUAUUUUAUUAAUAAAGAUAUAAUCAAAUUGUUAAAUUUUAAAAAUAUUAAAGAACUUAUGUAUUCUUAUGCGAAAAAUAAAAUGUAUCAUGAAAAAUUAUUUUUAUAUUUAUAUCCAACUUUAUUAAAAUUUAUAAGAAAACAUAACCAUGAUCUGAUAAAAAAUAAGUUUGAUAUUUUUUUAAAUAAUGAAAAUUUCGAUAAAAAUGAUAUGAAUGAAAAAUUAAGAAAUAAGAUAAAACCAGAUGACAGUAUUCAAAAUGAAAAAAAAAAAAGAGAUAUAAAAAAUGAUUUCUUUGAUGAUAAAAAUAACAUAUUAAAUAAAAAUUACGAAUUAAUAAUUGAUGCUAGUAAAAAUGUCACUGAUAUUUUGUAUUCUUUCAGCAAGUUUAAUAUGUAUAUAGAUGAAUUAUAUAAUGAAGCUUUACUGUUUUUGCAAAAUUUUUAUAAAUAUAUUGAUUGCUCCAAUUUGUCUCAAUGCUUAAUAUCACUGACAAAAAUAAACUGUAACAUAUCAUUACUUUUAUCUAAAAUUCACUAUGAUAAAUUUAACAUAAAUUCUAAUUAUAAUCAUUUUUUUAAAUAUGCUAGCUGUAUUGAUUUAAUGAAUUUUCUACUAUCUUUUAGUAGAAAUUUAUAUUUUGAAAAAGAUGUAUAUAACAUACUUUCUGAGUUAUUAUUAAAAGGAAAAAUUUAUUCAUUAGAAGCCUCCGAUUUAAUUAACAUUAUUCACGCUUAUAGUAAAAUUUAUUAUAUUGAUAAAAAGUUAUUUUUAACUGUUGAUAAUAUUAUUUGCUCUAGACUUGAUAACAAUGAUAAUUAUUUAACAACAGAACUAGCUAUUAAAUAUUUAAAUGCAAGUGCUAAAUUGUCUUAUAAAAAUGAAAAAAUUAUUUAUAAAAUAAUAGAAAUAAUACAUAAAAAUAAUUUUGCUAAUAUAAAAAUAUUUGAUUUAUUUAAAGUUUUAAAAAGUGUUAAAAAACUAAAUUUAUCCUUUGAAAGCUUAGAAUCUCACAUUAAAAUGAUUGCACCCAAUUUUACUUUUGAUUUUUCUAAUUAUACUAACUACUACUAUAAAUCUACCAAGGAUAUUCAUAUGAGGAAAAAAAAAUGGAUUUGGUAA